AUGAGCCGCAACGAUGCUUUCGAUCCCACGCUACCGUCUACGUUGGCUUCGCGUCAUAAGGCUGGCUUUGCAAGGCCGCGCUCUGUCUCAGGAUCCAUCAACGCUUCCUCGCGUAUAGCCACAGCUGGCGAUGCCCAAACAUCGAUUGAUGUACACGUGUGGUGGCCUACCCCUUCCAAGAACGCUUCCUCCACCUUGGCAAGAGCACCUCUGUUCCGUGAUGCGGCCAACGUCAAGCAAAAGCUCUCAAUUCGUACCUCUACUGCGCAGAUCCGCUCCUCGGAACCCAGCCACGAAGCCAUCUUCGAGCGCGCCUCAUUCGGCUUUCGUCAUGGCGGAAACUCCUGGCUCCGUGAAAAGCCAAGCAAAGCGCGCCUCAAUGCACCUUCUUCUUCGGUUGGACCCUUGGGACAAUGGAAGCGCGCCAUCCUCAUCUUUCGUGAAAAUGCAAGCCUUUCCAUCUUUGGCGAAGCUAACUCGCUCGCGCAUACUGUCUACUGCGAUGCCCUCUCGUCCUCCGACGUUCGAUCGGUUGAUGACUCGCUUUUCGGUAGACCUCAUGUUCUCUUCAUCCGACCCAAACCACCACGCGUCAGGACCGAGGUAUCCAUCACUACCCGCAAGCAGGAGGCUGCUUUGCAACAAGAGCGAGCGCACGGCACCGAGCCCAUCUUUAUCCAAUUCAACAGCCAACAAGAACUUCAGUAUCUCCGUACGCUUCUCCACAUCUAUACCAUCCCUGAGAUCUAUGGCUCUCCCGCCUCCAUCGAUGCAGGCGGAACGCAUCGCUUCUUUCGACAACUCGACAUUACCAUCUCGGACGCCAAAAGCAUCAUGCCCAAAUGGCCUGCAGAGCUCGCUGAACCUCUUACCGACACAGCGCCUUCUUUCCCCUCCCCAUCGUUCGGUAGUCAUUCGCUCCCGCAUCCAAAUUCACCCACCAGCACAACCUCGGUAGGCGGCGCUUCCACAAAUUCCGGUGAGCCACAUCGCUCCCUAUCGCACCAGCUAGCCUGCUUGCGUCUCGACGACCAAGAUGACUCGCCCGCGUCGGAGCACUUGACUGAAGACGCUAUGUCGGCAUCCUCGCGAGCAAGUUCGCGACCGAGUUCACGGCCCAACUCUCGACUGCUCCACAACUCCAAACCAUCCGUCAGCGGCAUCCGUGCCCACCAAGACCUCGAUGACUAUGCAGGCAGCGGCUCGAGCCGCCCCGGAUCGCGCGCUGCUUCGCUUCAUGACGCUCCGCCUCAGCCAGUCAACGAGCCUAGUUCGAAAGUCGAGCCUUUCUCGGGUCCUUUAAGUGGUCAGUCGGGUGCCUCCCGUUUCGCUAGCAAUCCUACUCCAGCUAGUGAGGCAACCGCGCCGAGCUUCGGCAUGGCUUGUCGAGCUUCAGCGCAGCAGCGUCGAGACGAUAAGGAUCGCUAUGAGAAAGCCCGCUUCGACCGCUACUGUCGCAUACGUGUGGAUGGCGAACUGGUUGCACGUACCAGCCUAUCGCAGUCCGACAACAGCGCGUUUGCCGUUGACAAAUUCAAGCUCGACGAUGUCGGCGAUGCCAAGUCGCUCACGAUCGAAGUACUUCACCCGACACAAAAGACCAAUACCUCUCUGACCGGCUCUCCCUCGGCCGUCAGCAAAUUUAUCCUGUUGGGAAUCGUAGAGAUCCCUAUCGCAACGUUGCGCAGAAACGAAGAGAUUGAAGGGCGUUUUCCUAUCUGGUCCACCUCCACCUUUCCAUCUCUGUCGCAGCAGCAGCAGCAACCUGCUCCAUUCGCCAUCAACGAAGACGACGAUGCUAGACCUCCCACACGCUUUCAUCGAGGUGUGGUGGGCGAACUCUGCGUGUCUAUACGCCUCCAAGAGGGUGCUGUCAUGCCACUCAGCACGUACGACGAGGUCUACCGCAAGAUUCACAGCGACGACGACUUUAUUCAAGUGUUUCGCGAGCUCGCGACUACCAUGCGCGAAGAUCUGCUCGUCUCGCAGCUCACUCGUAUUUGCGCCGCCUCUGGUACCAUGGCUGAGCGUAUCUCGCACUUUAUCGAGCUAGAGAGCGCCAGUUGGGGUGAAAAGAUGGAGCCCGAGUUGCUCUUCCGCGCCAACACGCUUCUCUCACGUUCCAUUGACCAUUUUCAGAGGCUUCUGACGCUUUCGUGGCUUGACGAUUGUCUCGGUCCCACAGUGCGUAAGAUCUGCCAAGACCCUCAUGUGCCUUCUCGCCCCGACACAGCCGCGUCUAUCAGCAGCGCUGGCUCGGUCGGCGGCGACGACGCUCCCUUUGACUUUAGCACUUCGAUUCGCUCGCCACCCUCGUUUCCGGACAACAUCAUCGAGACGAUCCCAGACGGCCCCAUAACCAUCAACGCGCUUCGCAAGCUGAGUGAAUCCAUGUGGCAGAACAUUUAUCGCCAGCGCCACAGCUGUCCUCCGGACCUGCGCACUGUGCUUCACAAGGUGCGGACCAAGGUCAACGAGCGUUACCGUGGCACCAAGUCGACCCGACCGGGUAUCCAAGGUGUUGGCGCGUUUGUGUUUUUGCGUCUGUUCUGUGCAGCUCUCAACAGCCCGCAGCUGUACGGUCUCGCACCAUGUCAACCAAGCCGCAGUGCGUCUCGCAAGCUUUUACUGCUCAGUAAGGUGCUGCUUGCCCUUGCUAGCAAAAAGACGUCGUUUGACAAGGACAAGGACUGGGAAUUAGUGCCGCUCAAUGAUCUCCUGCAUACCUACUCUUCGGCAUACGACGACUACAUCAGCGUCAUCUCGACUGAGCCGCCAACCUCGGCGCCAAGUCAGUGGCUGGGGAUGCGAAUCGAUGGCGACUCUGCACUACAGGCUGCAGCGCUACAUCGGCUUGACUCGUUGUCUCGCUUGCAUCGAGAAUCCAUUCCUCGGCCGCCCUACAUGCUCGACCAACCGCAGGCAUUAGCAGCGUUUGUCAGCUUUGUCACUGAUACCGCGCACGAGUACGAGAAAGUCGACUUGUCGCCUAGCGCCGCAGCCAUGCCUCAUCAUGACGCUUCGUCUGUUGGCUCAAAUACGGGUAGCAGCAAGAACGGUCAGAGCGAAGCAGCCAGGAUCAAGCAAAAGACGCACGAGUUUGUGCAGAUCUGCCGUCAUAUCGAGCAAGCGGCAGGUAGGUGCAUCGAGCAAGCAGGCUUCGAUCCUCGUCCCAUUCCAUGGGAGCAACUGCAACGAUCUGCCAUGUCACAGCAUCACGGCGAUACAACACGGCCUUGUGAUGAUCAAGGCGAUGCAUCUGUUGCGUCGUUUUCGUCGUCUACCUGCAGCUUUGGCACGGUGACGGUGGGCGACGAUGCACAAGACACUAGCGAUGCUUUGCCGAGGUCUGGGAGUGUACGCAUGCGAAGUCGCCGAGCUACGGUCAGUGCAGCCACUGCGUGGUUUAGAGCGACAGAUCCGGCCAAAACGCUUGAGCUCUCGAUUGAUCAUACAGACUCUGAUCUCGAUGGAGGUUCGCCAAGCAGCGCCAGAAGGAAGAGUAUUGGUGUGGUUUCCCGAACCAGUCGCAAAACAUUGCAGGUUACGACAGAGACGCGUGUGCCACAGUUUUCGUUCAACAUGGUCGGCGCUAGAAGGAGAGGCAGCGAGAUGAGGGACAGUCGCAGUGGUAUAACGCGGCAGACGACCGAUGGUGUUGGUGCAAGGCUACUGUACCGCGUUACGCAUGUGAGACAUGGCGAUGUAGAGGAUGACCACGGAUCGGACGACGAACUUCGUCAGGCGUACCGCUUGCUGCGCGCAGAUGAGGAGGCCGCUGCGCUUGCUGCGUCCCAGAUUUCAGUCGCUUUUGGAAGGGUCGCCAUGGACGAGGUCACCAAAGCGGCAGAUACAUCUGUGUCGCCAGCGCUAGGCGAUGCAGCCGAAUCAGAGUUGGGCUUGCAGACGGUAGGGACGCUGAUGGAAACAGAUGACGGCUCGACGUUUGAGGCUGUCCAUUCUUUGCGGACCAUGGCUUCUGGUGCGAGUCCUGAAUCGGCCGUGUCUCGCCGCUCAGAACAGUCAGCUAAGGCGGUGCGUGUAGCAGCCUCGCAGUCGGGGCCAACUUGGUCGCCCACUCCAGCGCGCAAACUGGGACAAGCGACGCAGCGUGCUGCUGCUGCUUCUGCUGCUGCUGGGUCAAAUCAGGCGUCGUCGCUUGCGGCCAUGGUUCGCGGUGCGCGUGGAUCGCUCACCAGCGGUCCUAGCAAGCAGCCGGUGCGCUCAAAGACGGACGAGCAUGCGGACGAGGCAGACGAGGCAGACGAGGUAGAGACGUGUCCAAGGCAGUCUUCGGAUCAGACGGCGUCGAACGUAGCGCGCAAUUACUCGCUGCCACGGUCUGCUGUGGGUCGAAAGAAGGCGAACGACGGCCAGCAUGCACGUGAGAGUUCGGAUGGAUUCGAGUCGGCGAUCGAGGAUGCCUAUGCGCAGACACGCGCAUCCAUGCCGCCCUCUACGUCCAUGUCUGUGUGCAUAGCUCCAUCAACGGUAUCGGCAGCACUUGCAACGAGGGUCGGCAACGACGAUACCCAGGCCACUGGUGCAGCGGCGCACGUCCACGCCAAGAAGAAAAAAUGGUGGAAGCCGUAA